AUGCGCUCCCGCAGAGCAGCGAGCGGAGGUGGACAUGCACAUCAUGCGAACUCAUCGCAGCUGUCCGGGAGCCUCGGUCACAUCAUGGGCCCGGAGGACUCAGACGCUGCCGCGACGCAUCAAGACAGGACCUACCUCUUGCAUCCAAGCGGAACCUUCCGCACCUUUUGGAACAUGGCGGUGGCCUUGUUCGUCUUGUACGAUCUGCUUGUCAUACCUCUUGCUGCCUUCGACAUGCCGCGAUCCACCGUUUUGCAGGCCGUCGACUUGACGAUCCAAGGUUUCUGGAACAUCGACUUCGUUUUGACCUUCGUGACUGGCUAUUAUGAUGGCGGCCAGCUGAUCAUGACCUUGUGUAAUGUGGCGCGCCACUAUGCGAGGACGUGGAUGAUCUUCGAUCUGGGUCUCAUCUCAAUGGACUGGACCUUCUUCUUCGUGGACUACGUCAUGUACAACGACGACGACGCAAGCGCAACUGAGUGGUCCAGAACUCUCCGCAUGCUCCGACUGAUGCGGCUCGUGCGGAUCGCACGAGCGAUCAAGCUGCGUCGAGGUUUCGCCGCUGUUCAGGAGUUGCUCCAUUCGCAGGCAGCCAGCCUUUACCUGAGCUUCUUCGUUAGCCUUGGGCAACUGCUCGUGCUGAAUCAUUGGAUGGCCUGCGCGUGGUUCGGUGUCAGUUGGCUCAAUGCAGACGGCGAGAACUGGGUGGCGGCUAGUGGGUUGAAGCACCGCGAUGUACUCUAUCAGUACCUUUCUUGCAUCCUUUGGCCGGAGCCCCGGGGCAACAAACGAAACCUGUCUGGGGGGUUGAGGCUGCGUUGCCCAUGGCACGGUCAGGUUUUUGUCUGUUUAGCGUUUAGGGGCCCCAAACGGGAACUGCUUAAGAGGAUCGGGACGUGCUUGGUGGGCUGUUGA